AUGGUCCCCUUGAAAGGCCUUGUAUUCAACCUCAAAGGCCACCAAGAGCAGAUAACUCAGUUCCCCCUUCGAGAUCUCGCCUUCGCGCAAUGGCAGUCCACAAGCAAGGGGAAAAUCGGCGUGAGACUUCGACGCGUCAUAUUCCCGGCUAUGCUUUUCGAUGAAUCCAUAUUUGCAUUCUGGAUCUCCUUUUGGGUGGUUGAGUUUUGA